CCCAACUUCCAAGACCCCACUCAAGUCACGAGUCUCCACACGUGCUCAUGCACAAGAGAAUUUGAACCAUCGCCCUCUCCUCUCAUACUUCUCAGUUCUACAGUCACUAUAUUUUUGGCGCUCUUUUACUAUCCCCUUUUCUCACGCUUUCCAGUGCCCUACCGUCGCCGCCACUCUCGCCCGUUCAUCUCCGCCGCAACUCUCACCAGUUCAUCUCCGCCGCCGCUUUUCUUCCCGUUUCACUUCCGCCGUUCACCUCUGAGAACAGAACUAUGAACUACAGAGGAAACAAAUUAUGGAUAUUAUACGCUUGAACUGAAGAUUGUGGAAAGCUACAUUUUUCUCAGGUGUUCGGUCUUGAUUUUGCACGUAAUUAAGAGAAAUUAAAGGCUGAAUUAAACGCGUAAUUAAGGAGUUUGCAUCACAAGCUCAGUGCCAUGCCCUUCCGCCGGAGCCACUCCCUUCCGUUCAUUCCGUCACCGCUCUUUCUGCUUCACUUCCGCCGCAGCAACUCUCCCGUUCACCUCCGUCGUCGCUCUUGCUGCUUCACUUCCGCCGCCGCCGUUUAUUCUGGAUGUGAUGGAAGACACUGAAUCAAACAAAAUGAAACCGGAAAAUUCCAUAAGGUCUAUGUUUGAAAAGAAAUUUAAAGCUAUGCAGACAUCUGCUGCUUCGCCGAAUACUACUCGAGAGAGUGAUGGAAAGUCCUCUUCUUCUUCACCUCAAAAUACACUUCAAAUUGAAGCAACUAGAAUGGAAUCUGGUAGUUUGAGUGCUCGUAAAGAACCACCGGCCAAGAACGGUCAGCUUGUUAAUACUGAUUUCGAUGCUUGCUUGGCCAUUUCCAUUAAAUGUUUAAGGUUUCUUCUGGGUAAAGGGCUGGAAUUUAUUGGUCAGGAUGAUCUCGGGCUAUGGGCUAUGAAUAACGAGGAGAAUUUUACUGAACUUCUCAACUUUUUAGCUACACAGAAUGAAGAAUCUAGACAGGCUGUUUCAGAAAAUGCUAUGGAAUGCUUGCAGAUUACACCCUUUGAACUUCAGAAAGAUCUCAUCAGGGCUUGUGCCAAAGCAACAACUAAGCUCAUUGUUCAAGACCUUGGUGAUGACUACUUCGGAAUAAUAGUUGAUGGGUCUCGUGAUAAAGACUAUGAAUAUCAUUUGUCUCUCUAUCUGCGUUAUGUUGAUAAAAAGGGCAUGGUAAUAGAACGAUUUCUGGGCAUUGUGCGUGUUGAUGAUUUCACUGCUGUGUCAUGUAAGGCUGCCAUUGAUUCUUUGCUUAUGGAGCAUUCUCUGAAUCCAUGUAAGAUUCGUGGGCAGAGCUACAACGGGGCUAAUGACUUGACUGGUAACUUCAAUAGUGAUAUUAUUGGACUUAAGAAUUUGAUUAUGAAAGAAUCUCAAUGUGCAUACCAUUCACAUUGUUUCUCUCAUCCACUUCACUCGACACUUGCAAAUGCUGCUGGGAGCUGUGACGAUUGUAUUAUAGUGUUUAUGACACUCGCUGAUUUACUAGGCCUGGUUAAGGGUUCCUGUACACGAGAAGAAAUGCUUCAGGAAACUCAAGCUCAAGAAGUUUUAGAGGCAUUGGGAUCUUGUGAACUUGAGAUUAGAAAAUAUGCGAUUGAAGAGUUUGGCUUACAUAGACCUUAUAGUUGGUUGGAAUAUGAUCACUACAAAACCCUUUUGCAUGUUGUUACCUUGUUUACCACGAUUGACAAGGUCCUUGACUUGAUUGCAGUGAUCUCGAGUGCGGAAUACCGAGGCAAAGCUAGAACUAUUCUGUUCUCAUUUUUUUCAUUUGAAUUUGUUUUUGUUGCACACUUGAUGGUGGCCAUAUUUGGGUACACAAAUGCGCUUAAUCUUGCUUUGCAAAGAAGGGAUCGAGAUCUUGGUAAUGUUGUAUCUCUUGUCUCUGUGGUUAAGAAUCAAUUGCAAAGAAUGAGAUCAGAUCAGGGAUGGGAAAAACUCAUCAAUGAAGUCUCCUCAUUUUGUGUAAGGAAUGACAUUGAAGUUCCUGAUAUGAGUGCUGAUUAUGAUCCGGUUGGAAGAUCAAAGCGUUUUUAUAAACCCUCCACAAAUCUUGAUCAUUUUCGAGGUGAUGUAUAUUUUAGUGUCACCGAUAAACAACUUCAAGAACUUAACAAUUUGUUCGAUGACACAAAUACGGAAUUGCUUUCUUGUAUGGCUUGCUUGAACCCAGCCAAUUGCUUUUCUUCUUUUGACAAGCAAAAGUUGAUCAGACUUGCUGAGUUUUACCCUGGGGAGUUCUCUGCUGUUGAUUUGAAGAGCCUUGAAAUUCAACUUGAUAUGUUUAUUGCUGACAUGAGAAGUGAUGAUAGAUUCAGAAAUUUGAAGGACCUUGCGGAGCUUUCAGUGAAACUCGUGGAAACAAAGAAGGAUGAAUUCUACUCAAAUGUGUAUUUGCUUCUGAAGUUGAUGUUGAUUCUCCCUGUUGCAAAUCCAAGCAUCGAGAGAACAAUUUCAGGUAUGAACUUUGUGAAGUAUAGGUUGCUGAAUAGUGUAGCUGAUCAACAAGUAUAUGAUUCCUUGACCACUUAUGUUGAGAGAGAGGUUUUUCCUCUAGUUCUUGAUGAUGAUAUCAUUAGUUGGUUUAAAAAUAUUAAGACUUAGUCAGGAUUAGCUAUGCAUAUUACGUUCAUGUCCUUAUUUGUAAUGUUUAAGAAAUUAGUUUUAAACUUUUAAGUUGUAUGGCAGUAAGUACAGAUCUUAAGUUUGA